CCCCCCCAAAACGCCGCGGACAAUGCAAACUAAUGGGUGGACGCUUCUGGACCGCGUUAACGUCGUCGUCGUCAAGCUCGGUGGCGGCCCAUCGACAGCCGGAUUGCGGUGCCAGCAGCUUCCGCGGCAACAGCAGCUCCAGCAGGAACCACGGCCGAUCGGUGGCCACUAAGCAGAAGCAGCAGUGGAGGAGUUACAGUACGGCGGGAAAUGCGUAAAGAACCACGGGUGGAAAGGAACGCGACGUGAAAACUAACCGCCGUGUGCUGUGUGCUAACCACACGCGACGUGCUAACGAGAGACGCUAACACACCGGACCCAGCGCCCGUUGAACGCCCGCUUUGCAAGAUCCGGUUUAAUUAGCACCCUGUGCCUCCCUUGCCCACUGUACGAGUGGAGUGUCCUUUACUUACACCCGAGGAGCCGCCGACCCGUCAACCCAACCCAACGUGGUCCCGAAAUAUCACGCGUCCUUCCCCUUCAUCGUUUUCCCCCCGGCCCGUUGAAUGCAGAGCGUGCAGGUGCAGCAGCAAGGACGAGCAGCAGCAGCAGCAGCAGCAACACCGCCGGCGGCACGACGUCGUCCACGAACGCUCACCGCCGUCACCAGCCGUCGUCUCGCCCGGUACCACCGGAAGGCGGAGAUCGCCAUCUCUUCUCGCCGUCCAACCGGUACCGCCGUGGUCGUCGCGCGUGAUCCCCGCUCGAUUCAUCGCCGCCGUCGUCAUUUCGGGGUAAUAUGGCCACACCGCCAACCGAAGGAGAAAUCAGAGUGGGUCCCGGCCAUCAGGCAACAUUACCAGACUAUCAACCGAUCGAGAACUACCGCUCCGAGGACGAUGAAGAUCGCGACCUAGAGGAUCCGAGAUGGACACCCGGACUGUACAUUGAUAAUGAUUUGUUAAUGUACCUGACCGCCGCUCGUUCAAUAUCCGCUUUUCAGGGUAUGUGCGAGGAAGAUGGUUGUAUGGCAGCUAGUCGUGACGAUACAACUAUAAAUGCGUUUGAUGUUUUACACGACUCAGGGUACGACGCCGGCAAAGCCCUAGAAGCAUUACUAAAGUGUCCCGUAACGAAGGGAAUCGAGAAGAAGUGGACAGAGGAGGAAACGAAACGCUUCAUCAAGGGUUUGCGACAGUUUGGGAAGAAUUUUUUUCGCAUCCACAAAGACCUAUUACCACAUCGGCCAACGCCGGAAUUGGUAGAGUUUUACUAUCUCUGGAAGAAGACGCCGGGAGCGAAUCAGAACCGGCCACACCGCAGACGACGGGCGAGCUCGCUCAGACGACGCAACACACGGACGAACAGUAAUGCGAGUGGCACCCCGCCGAACAGCAGUGGUAGCAGCAGCAGUAGCAGCAACAGCAACAGCAAGAAGGAACAGACCCCCGAGCGGACUGUGACAGAUACCGGUUCGUCCCGACCGUCGCCGAUCGGCAAGGAGGAGAACAGCUCCGUUACCGAGGACGACGUGAGCGAGUGCGACAGUGAUUCGAGCGCCAACAAGGCGACCGCAGCCGCGGCGGCUGCAGCGACAGCCACCGCCAACGGUACCGGCGUUGGAGGCAACGGCAGCAAUAGCAGCAUCAGUAGCAGCAGCAGCAGUAGUAGCAGCAGCAGUAGCAGCAGCAGCAGUAGUAGUAGCAGCAGCAGUAGCAGCAGCAGCAGCAGUAACGGAAGUAACGGCGGCGUCGGCGGUUCCGUCGGCGUCGGAGACUUUACGACGACGGCCAGCAGCGGCGGCAUUGGCGGGGGCACGGUCACCGGCGAGGAAUCUCCGUCGAGGAUGCGGACCCGCCAAAAGCCAACCAAGGAAACGAAUGCUACCAAUGCGAAGCGACCAAAGCGUGGCGGUACGGAGACCCCGGAACAGCAGACAGCAACCGGCACAUCCGCCACCGCUGGUGGAGGUGCUGCUGGUAGCAGUGGUAAUGGUACGGGAAGCUUGGACAGCCCGAAGACGCCAAGCAAAACGACGGGUAGUAGUGGCAGCAAUAGCAGUAAUGCUACCGGAACCGCCUCGAGUGCUACCGGUGGAACGGUGGACGGUGGUGUCGGCGGCAAACAUAGUUCGCAAAGCAGUAGCAAAGGAAAGGGAUCAUCAUCCUCGUCCAGCGGUACAGGCAAGACGGAGACGACCCCAAGCAAGGGUAAAAAGCGUGCUAAUGAGCUCGAGGUGGACGGCAACGAUGAAAAGGAUGGACAAAAGCGAAAGCGCGCGGACAGUCCAGCCGAGAGCCUCACGACAGACAGUCGGCCCGGUUCCGUGCUGGAUGAGAUGGAAUCGGUCAGCGAGGCAGCUACAGAAACCAGCGUGGGAACUAGAACUACCGGCACCCCAACACCGGUUGGUCACGACCGGUUGCAGGGUUCGAACACUGUCAAUGCUGGAAAUGGCCCAGGAGGGCCUGAAGGAAGUGCCACAAGUACGAAAGAAGACGACAAGGAUCCGUUAUCUCUCGGGCCACCGCUUGCUGCGGAACCGAUGGUUACGGAAUCGAACGAAAAUAGUAGCAGCAGCAAUACGACCACAUCAACGGUCGCAAAGUCGUCAUCUGGCGGAUCGGAGGACAAAGAUGAUGAUUCGAAUGCCGGUGCUACAGGAGCAGUUGUCGCAUCUGCGGUAGCAACGGUUCCGACUGCAGCAGACACUGCUAAGCUGCCCGAAACGGAAGAUAUAUCACCACCGUCGACAGCGGCCACAACGCCUGUUGCGACUCCGGCACCACCAUCAUCGGGGGCUGCAGUGCCCGGAGCGGAUGGUAGCAGCGAAGCGCAACAGGGAGCUCCAUCGGCGGAAGAGGGAGCGACUGCAAACGGGACGAGUAGUGCGACUGGUGUUUGCAACACCAUUGGGGAAAGCAAGCCGUGCGUAAACUCCAUCGGUGCAGCUUCAUCCAACGAACAAGAAAUGGCCUCAAAGUUGGCAAAUAUGAAACAAGAAGCAUCUACCACCGGUUCGUCUGCAGGUGCUCCGCCCAGUACGGGUACCUCGGUUGACUUUAACUCCAAAGAUGUUUUCAUCAAAAAGGAACCUAAUGAGGAUCCGGCUGCAGUCGGCUCAGCCUCUGCCGCAUCCUCAGCUGCUGGAGAACAGACUGGAUCUGGCAAUAGUGGUAGUGCACCCACGACCGGUAUUGCUAGUGAGCCGCAGGAUUUAAAGCUGAAAAUUGAGGUAAAGUCGGAAGCAAAGUUGAUGCCAGGAGGCGGCAACGAAGGGUCGAACCAAGGUACCGGACCCGGUGCGGAUAUGAAAUACGACCCCGAGAAUUUGGUGAUGAAACCGUACGAAAGUCACAUCAAAUAUGGUGGUCAUCCUGGUGAAGACGGAUUAAAAUAUGGCGAACACAAAUAUGGACCGCUACCACCACAUCAACUUCCUGGCCCUGGUGAACCGCCAGGGUUGAAGUAUGGUCCUCCGGGUGGACCACAGGACGAACCGCUGGAGUACGACAUGAAACGGUAUCCAGCGCACGGACCUCCACCACCACCAUCGGCUCAGGAUGGUGGACCACUGCCACUGAAACUUGGUGGACCACCUGGACCACCUGCGGGUUCAGGAGUACCGGGAGAGCCCCCAGUGGGACCGCCGCAACACAUGAAACUUUCCCAGUACCCACAAGAUCUGACGAGUUUGAACCUGAAGUACCCACCGCCAGACGAGCGGACAAAGUUUGCCCCAUCGCCUGCUUCGGACAGUGGAAGCGGAAGCGGUGUAGCUCCACCACCGUCAGUUGUCGGUGGACCACUGCCUCUCAUCCCGAAGAGUCAUUACCCCGAUCCAGCGCAGUUGAGCAUGCUACGGCAGCAUUACGAGCAUACGUUUAAAUACGAUCCGAUGGCGGCAGUAAAGUACGGCCCACCCGGCAUGCCCCCAUUCGGAGCGCCACCCGGCCAGCCCGGUCAUCAUCACCCGCACCAUCCACUGGCCGGUGCACUACCGGGACAACCUCAGUCACAACCACAAGAUCUGAAGUACCUUCCGCCGGAGGCCGCCGCUGCCGGCAUGGGUCCUCUAAAAUAUCCACCCUCAUCAGUAGCGAACGAUACUCCUACAUCGCUCAAGAACAACAGCUUCUCGGCGGACAAUCUUCUGAAGAGCAGCUCAUCAAGCAGCGGUGGCGGCAACGAUUCGUCCAAUCCACUAGAUGUUUCAGCUUCUGCCCGCCACGCUGUGACUCCCAAUCAGGACAGUCAGGGUAGCAACAGCAGCUCGCAACCAACAGCACUGCAUGGCAGCGGCAGCAGCAUCGCGUCACCGCAGUCAGGUGGACCACCGCCAUCUUUACCACCCCACGGUGCUGGAACGUAUCCACCGCCUCACGGACCACCACCACCCGGUCAUCCAGGCCAUAUCGUAAACCCUGGCUUGAUGCCAACGCUCCUCGGAUCCGGACCAAACUCAUCGCCGGUUCCACCGACAUCUCAGCCAGGUGGCAUACAUCCGUCUUCGCUGGGAAGCCACCCGUUGGCCCAUCCAGGAUCGGCUCCUCCACCACAACUGCUACCAACUCCGCCGGGUUCCAGUCCGUACCAACCAAGCAAUAUGCAUCGAUCUGGAGGUCCUCCAUCAUCAUCGGUACCAAGCUCCGUUUCGUUAGCGUUAUCCUCAAGUGGCAGUACUGCGCUGACCUCUACUACCGCGUCCUCCACUGCUUCGUUGUCUACUUCGUCGGUAACGUCACAUUCGCCGGCACCUAUGAGACCCUCGUCCGAUAAUGGACCGCUGGGUCUUCAACCAAUGCCCCACCACCAUCGUUCGGAUCGCGACCGAGAAUCAUCUCGACCGGGUGCGAACGAUAUGCCUCCUACCCGUGCUUCCCCAAUCAAUUCUCUACUGCAAGGAGUUCCGCCUCCACACGGUAUUCUGUCGCAUCCGCUUCCUCUGCAUCUUGGACAUCCGGGCAUGCAACUACCUCCACACCAUCCAGCAGCACAUUUGGCUGGCCCACUAGGACACGCCGGAUUACUACCACCCUCAUUGGCAGCACACGGUGCGGGGAUACCUCUGCUUGGCGGACCGACACCUUCCGCGCUCGGAAGCUUGAUGGAGGUGGCGGGCGCAGGGCGUCGAUCGCCAUCCUCCGGUCCGGGAAGUCUAGCGGGCGGACCUCACUCUCAUUUGCCACCGACAUCGAUGCAUCAGUCAGUCAGCUCUCUGGCGCAAUCUCCAUCUACUCCGACAGGAGCGGGCGGAGGACCACCAUCGUCGUCUUCUGCGUUGAGUCGUGCCAGCCCCAAUGUACCACCUGGUGGUCCGGGCACUCCCGGAGGAUACCCCGGCCCAGGAGGGCAUCAUCAUCGAUCCAGCUCACCUGCCAACUCGAACAGUUCUGGUCUUAGCCGCGCCAGUCCUAUGCAUCUCAGCCACCAUCCUUCCACACCGGGUGCUGGUAGUGCAGGAGGAGGAAGCGGUGGCUCGUCGGCAGCUGCCGCAGCCGCGGCAGCCGCAUCGGCCGAACGGGACCGACAGAUAAUGCGACAGCAGAGUCCCCACAUGACACCUCCUCCGCCGUCUUCGUCCGCACCGUCAGCCGCCCUGAUCUCAAGUCCGUUGAGCAAGAUGUAUGGAGGCCCGUCGGGACAGCGGUCACCACCUCCAUCCCAUCCUUUCCGGCCCGGUGCUUCGCCGCCGGUUAUACGACACCCCCAGAUGCCUCUACCUCUACCGAUGACGGGUCCAAUGGCGGGUAUUCCCGGGUCGGUAAUGCACGCCUCGCAACCGUACCCUUUGAUGCAUCCGUCGCUGUUCAAUCCGCACCAUCACAAUCCAUUCUACGCACCGUAUCCGUACGGACCGGCUUACGGGCCCGGAUUUUCGUACAUGAAGCCCGGUGGCUCACCGCUUGAUAAUCCGAUGCUUCACGGACACCCGACGGCAAUACCUCCGCCCCGACCGGAAGACGCUCCCGGAGCUGGCGGUCCAGGAGGUGGUAUCCAUGGUAACGCUGGUGAGAAAUCAAAAUCCUCCAGUGGUGGUAGCAAAUCACAGCAGCCACAAACGUCCUCCUCCUCAACGUCGUCGGUGUCUUCACUGUCUGGUUCGGGCGGAAAUGAGCGAUCGAAGCAAUCUUCCUCGUCUGGAGGAAACGGUGGUCCCGGCAGUGGGCAUUCCAGUUCGUCCAACCAGAGCAGCUCUUCUGCCGGUGGACCACCUGGUGGUCCUGGUCGAGGUGGGCCCUCGCCUAGUGGAGCUGGUCCCGGAAUGGUAGGCAUGCCGGGAGGUCCCCCCGGUGGACACCCACUGAGUGGGAGUCCGUUUCAUCCGGCCGGUCCGCCUCAUCAUCACUCCCCGUAUGGUCCCCCGCAGCCUCACAAUCCGUUCAUCGAGAACCAGUUGCCGCCGGUUGGUGGCGGUAAACCGACCAGUCACAUGGAUGCACUACGAGCCCACGCUCAUGCAGCAGCGGGUGGAGCUUUAGGUCCACCACCGGGUCAUCAUCCGCAUCAUCAUCCUGGUCACGGACCGCCACCACCGCCCGGGCAUCAUCCAGCGCAUCCGAACGAACCGGUGCACAUCGAAACACUCGACAUUGACCCGGAUCCGGAACCACCGUCACCUGUCCACGACAUGAACCGUGGUCCCAGCCCCGAGGCCAAACCGGAUGAUACCGAGUGCCACCGAUCGCAGUCGGCAAUUUUUGUACGACGCUGCGAUCGAGGUGAUUACAAUUCAUGCACACGAACAGAUCUCGAAUUCAAACCAACGCCCGACUCGAAGCUUGCACGCAAACGCGAGGAGCGCGACCGAAAGCUCGCGGAGAAGGAACGGGAACGGAAGGCACAGCAGGCAGCUCAGGCGCAACAUCAACACCAGCAGCAGCAGCAAUCGCAUCAUCCAUCGAUGCAACCGCAUCCACAUCAGCCUCCACCGCCACACCCGCAUCAUCCACAGCAUCCGAGUGUGACGGCCCAUCAACAAGCGGUGGCCGCUGCCCAGGCCCAACAUCAAGCGGCUGCUGCCUCGGCAGCAGCAGCAGCAGCUGCAGCUCAACAACAUCACCACCAGCAACAGCAGGCCCAACAACAAGCACAACACCAAGCACAGCAGCAGGCGCAACAGCAAGCGCAGCAGCAGGCAGGAAAGCCAGGCAGUGCGGGUGGAAGUUCGGGUGGAUCGGGACCGGGUGGACCUCCGGGACCACCACCUCCUGGCCAUCAUCCGGGACAUCCAUCACCUGGACAACAAUCGAUGAAACCGGACAUUAAACCAUAUCCAGACACACCGGCCCUAAGGCAGCUGUCGGAGUAUGCACGGCCGCAUGUUGGAUUUAGUCCUGUGGAGACGAUGGUCCCGCCACCAUACCAUCCACUGUACAAUAGAGAAAGGGACAUCUUUUUUAGGGAAUUUGAGGACCUCAAAAACCAGCCCGGCAUGGGACCUUCACGGCUGGAUCCGCACUGGAUGGAGUACUACCGAAUGAGGGGAAUGCAUCCGUCACAGUUUCCCGGUCUUUACGGUAAUCCUGCGGCGAUCGCCCAGCUGGAACGGGAACGAAUAGGCUUGCCACCGCAUCCUGUUGGGCUGGAUCCAUCCGAUCCGAUGUUGCGCUUGGCUGGCGAAUAUCAUGCACACUCCCAUACGCACUUGCACUUGCAUUCGCAACAGCAGCAAGACUCGGCAGCAGCGGCGGCGGCGGCAGCGGCAGCGGCGGCAGCAGGGUUUCAUCUACCACCCAACGUUCCUCCGUAUCCACGGCCGAAUGUUUUAAUGCCGAGGGAUCCACAUUCGGAGGUGCUUUUGCGUAUGUCCUAUGACCCACUGCAGGCCGCUGAAUUCCAACGACAAAGUGCAUUAGACCGGGCCCAAUCGCUCCAUGAGCAGUACAUGAGGCAACACGAGCGUGAGAUGAAGGUGCGUGCUUUGGAAGAGGCAGCACGGGGUGGUAAACAUUAAGAGUUGUUCUAACCCAACAAAACAGUUGUGUGUUCCUGCCCGCAGCCGUUUAUUGUGAGCGAUGUCUAGAGUGUGAGAUACAUGCAAUACACACCGCCAGAUUUCCAUCGGGGUUCAUUCAACAAACACACUAACACCACUGGUACCUUUUUUGCAGUGUAAAGCUGUGCAAAUCACUUACAUCCCUUCCUGAUUUCUUCCCAAUUUGACCAAAAACAAAACAAACAAACAAACAAACAAACAAAAAUGUUAAAGCAACACUAGAUUGAUACAAAAAACUAUAUACAUAUUCAUCUAUAUACUUGGAUAACGAUAUGUAUGUCCAGGGAAUGGAUGUCGCACCGAAUGUUAAAACGCGUGCAAAGAAUUAGGUUUGAUCAGGCAACAUGAUCGGGUACAUAUGUUUCGUCAUGUCGGACGAUUACGGUAGACUUAAACUUUAGUCUUUUUUCUCUCUUUGAUUAGAUUAUUAAUAUUAUUAUGACUCCUUUGUCGGCGUAAGCUAGCCAACACUAUAGUUCGAUUGCCCCGCCGCCGGGCACGGUAUGGUAGUAAGCCUCUUUUGACGAUGUAAAUAUUUAAACAAAUAUGGUUUAGGUUCGCAUUUGAUAACUAUAUCCCAAUUUUAUCGAUUUAACCUUAGUGAUUAAGCUCUAGUGUGCGCUACAUUAAUUUUCGGUGCCCCCUUAUUUGCUGUAAAACGACACACACACACACACCUUGCUCUUUGCUCGAUGUUACUUGUGGAUAAAAGAUAUUUUAUGUUUUAGUGCAUAAUUUAAACUAGUACGAUCGAGAAGGUAAAGCAAUCAAGAUGCACACAACUGCUCAGAGCGUUUCAUCUGCCAUUAAAAAACACAAAACAAUGAAUAUAUUCUCCCCGCAAUAAAUGCUGCCGAGGGUUACACUGAAAAAAAAAGGCGGGAAGGAAUAAUAGUGAGAAGGCUGCGAGUGCUAGUUCAUUUUAAUUACUCUUUCCCACUUGUUUUGUUGGAUUCUCAUCGAACAACGGUAGAUGCACGGUUUCGUUUUAUCGCAAUCAUAUUCAUGUGCAUUACAGAGAGGAGGGGAGAGCACAUGGUUAACAUGGUUGCAAAAUAAAGGAAUAGCCAGUUGAUCAAGUUCAUCAUCGGGCAUCGGGGAGGGAUAACAUCAGCAGAGAGAUAUUAUGUGCUUACCGCACUAAUGCAAUGGGGUACAACAAAAGUGAACAAAUGCGAAAGAAGCAAACACUUCAUGCAAGCGUGUAAAAAGAAAGAUAGUGCGAUGUAAACAACAGAAAAACAACAAUAUUAGAAUGUAAGUAGAAAACGGUAUAUAUUAUAUAUUUUAUAUUUAUGAUGAAACGGAGAGAAGAGAAAAUUAUACACCUUCAGGCAGAGGCACACCCUGAUCAGAGGCAGGGGAGAUUUGUUGCCCAGAGAUCGUGUAGUGAUUUCCGCCGCACGCCGCCGCGGUGCACCGUUGUUCGCCGCCGAUCGGGAAUGGGAAGAAAAUACAACCGAACAAUUAACUGAACGCACAUACCUUUUAGCGUUUUGUCGUCCUCCUCCCAACUGUACACACAAAUGGAACCAUGUUUAGAGUAGUGACGUUAUUGCACGGGUAGUUUAACAAAACAAACGGCAAACAGGAAACACGAGAAGGACAUAAUGUGUGCGGUGUAGCGAGCUGAGUAAUGGGAGCGGAAAAAAAAACGCAUUUAAUCAAAAAUCCUAACGGUGUUGUAUAGCGGAGGAACCUAUUUAGAUAUAUUAACUCGAGAUAGGCCUGUGUGUGUGUGUGUAUGUGAGCGCUCGCGCUCGAAGUUCUGUGGAGGGAGAUCAGUUAAAACCAUGAUUGAAAGAUGCAUAGCAGCAUCGAGCACACCACCCCCCCCCCCCCCCCCCUCCCACUUUUCCACAGAUUGCAUUAUGGUUCCAUGCAAAACAACCAAAUCGUGAAUGCGUUUCCACGACACGCAUUGUAGGUGGUAAGCCAAGCAGGUGAAAUGUGUGCAGAUUUUUGAACCCAUUUCUAAGUGUCUAUAUUUAUGGAAAACCCGAUGAACAUGAUGCUGUCGAUCUAUCAUCAUAUACAUAAGAUAUAUAUAUACUGAGACACUGAUCGGCAGAGAGUGUAGGGGUACGUGUGUUUGAGUUGCGUUUGUGCAAAGGCAUGAAAGAGGAACUUGCGCGAACGAACGGGAUGUUCGCGAUUAGACUGACUGUUGUUAUAUGCGAUGAUGUGUACGGAGCGCGUUAGAAGACUUGGAGGCGGCACGGUGAAGUAGCGCCCCCUCCUCUUACAAUGCGAAAGUCAACCUAGGUGUGAUUUGAUGCAUUAGAAGAACUGCCGUAGCAUCUUUUUAGUUCUAGAAUUUUGUAGUAAAACUUCCCAGCGUUGCUAGCAUGCUUAAAUCUCCACACGCGUACGUCUGGGCUCUUGGUUUUAAAUGGCUGAAUCCGCUGAGUUUAGUUGUAUACGUUACUUCGUCAAAGUGUUUCCCCCCUUUGUUGUGCAUUCCCGCGCGCGGGUUGGCACACCACGCCGGGACGAGAAAAUAGACAAAUUACCACAAAAGAAAACCCCUGGCGGCGCUGUAUGUAAAAUAAUGUCUUAGUUGUUAUAAUCCUUCAAUACGUGGUAUUAUUUACAAGAGAUGGAAAGAGCAAACACCGCAAUUCUCACUCGAACUUGACAUUCGAACGUGCGUGGUACAACAAUCGGCAAAUGUGUAUUUAUACUAGUGAAAUACGAUGGAUUUGAAUGACGCGAAUUCUUAACCACCCUCCGCUGCGUUGCGAUUCUGAUUUGCCGGGCUCUUCUUGUGUUAAACCGGUGCCGCAGAACGCGCGCAUCGUGUGAGACGACAUCAGAAAUGUUGAAAAAAAAAAACAUAGGCAGGGGUGGAGAAUGUUUUAAACAAAAAAAAACCCGGUCGUCGUUAUCGUUUCCUCAAACAAAAUUUACCUAAGAGAAAAAGGAAACCUGUGCAGCCAUAUGUACGGUGUGUAAAAAAAAAACGAGAAUGAUCGGAAUCGAACAUCAAGAUGGAGUUUGAUUCAAUCUUAAGAAGGGUAUCUAUUUAAAAAUAAAACAAAUAACAUGUCGAGCGGAGGAGUGAAACAAAGUUUAAAAUGUAAAAGAAACACACACUCACACAUAUACCACACCCGUUCGCACAGAACGCACGCAAAACGUGGGCAAACAAAAAAAAAAACAAAUUAAAUAUAGUAUUGAGUAACACUGUAAGUAAUACAGAUUUGCAUAGUAGUACCGAUGAUCAGCCAAUAAUCG